CAUUGCCAAUACGCUAUGGCCGAUUUUGGCCUGGCUGGCUUGGAGUCGGCGUCGCAGCAGGAGGCACUGCGCCUUUUGGAGCCCAGCCUCCAAAGAUGGCGAGAGCGCCCGCAGCUGGCCACUGCACCCCGGCACUUGCCCCGCUUGCCCCGCUUGCCCCGCGUCGCCGCUGCGUCGGUCUUUGGAGAGGCAGCGAUCCGUUCCGCUGGCUAUGCCGCCAUGCCCCAGGCGGCCUUCAAGAUCCUGCGGUGCAUGAGCAGCCGGGCACUGGAGGUCAACCACUUCCACCUGGGCGCUGCAGUCAUGGCAUGCGAGAAGGCUUCGGCGUGGCAAAUGGCGCUCAGCCUGAGCCGCGAGGGAGAUGCCGUUGCCCGGAAUUCAGCCGUGAGCGCAUGCACAAAAGCAGGAGAGUGGCCCCGAUGCCUUCGACUUUUGGCGCAAGCGGAUGUCGUGACCUACAGCUCCGCAAUGGGCGGCUGGCACCUGUCGUCGUCUCUGCUGGAACGCAUGCAAGGAGAAGCUGUGCAGCCCAAUGCUUUCACCUGCAGCUCUGCCAUCGCUUCGGUCAACGAAUGGCGCGGGGCGGUGCAGAUCAUUCGAAGGAUGCAGGCACUGCGGGUCAAAGCGAACAAAGUUGUUUGGAGCGCCUGCAUUGCAUCGCACUCCAAGUGGCAGAAUUCUUGCAGCGCUCUCCUGACAAUGAGACGCUCGCGGAUACCUGUCAAUGAUAUUUGCCAGAACGCCGCCAUUACUUCGUGUGCAGAGGCCAAAGAAUGGCGACACUCAAUGCAGCUCUUUGCAAGCCCACAGCUGUCUGCAACCCCGGUGAGCUUUUCCGCGUUGAUGACCAGCUUCAGCCAGGAGAGGUGGCAGUUCCCGCUGAGCCUGUUCUCCGAGCUGUGCCACUGCCGACUGGAUGCAGAUGCCGCGAGCACCAGCACCGCCAUGAGCUCCUGGACGGCGAGUCUGCAGCUUCUGAAGUCGAGGCUUGCGCCGUCCCACGCCGCCAUGGCUUGUGCCAAAGCCGGGGCCUGGAGACACGCGGUGCUUCACGAGAUGCGCGCGGCGCGUCUCGCCAGCGCCGUGCCCGCCAUCAGCGCCUGUGCCAAGGCCAGCCGCUGGGAGUGGGCGCUGCACGUCUUGGCCACGAUGGGAGACGCCUCGGACGCGGACGGAGUCGGCGCGGUGUGCUUCGGCGCGGCCAUGAGCGCGUGCGAGCGGGGGGGGCAGUGGGCCGCGGCGCUGGGGCUGCUGGCCGCGGCGGAGGAGCGCCGAGUUCGGCUGGACGGGGUGAUAUUCAACACACUGAUCAGCGCCGCAAGGACGGGAGGCCGCUGGCACACGGCGCUGGGCCUCGUGUCGGCCAUGCGCUCGGCAGCGCUGGAGCCGGAGGUCGUCGCCUGCAACGCCGCCAUCAGCGCCUUGGAUCCGUUUGCCCGGUGGGCGCAGGCGGCAGAGCUGCUGGCGCAGAGCCGAAGGCGUUGGUUGGAGCCGGACGUCAUCAGCUGCAACGCCAUCAUCAGCUGCCACCGUCACCGUUGGACUUUGGCCAUAUCGUGCCUGGCGGCGAUGGCCGGCUUUCCGCCCAGCUCCAUUGCCUUCGACGUAGCCACGCAGGCGCUGCGCCAGUCGGAGCAUUGGGGCAUGGCAGUGGCACAGCUGGAAAGGAUGACACAGCUCCGCCUGAAAGCAGAUGUUCUCUCGUACAAUGCUGCCAUCACAGCGUGCGAGAAGAAUUUCCAGUGGAAGGCUGUUUUGUGCCUGCUGAUGGAGACUUCCACGGCGGUAGGUGAGGCUGUAAGCCAGCUCUACGAGACUGCGACUUGUGCAGCCAGCUCCCUGUCCACGGAGGAGCGGACGGAAAUGAGUUGGCGCCUCGGCAAGCUGAGCCAACUCGGACUCCCCGGAGCAACUCUGAACACGGUGCCGACGGAUGCCACGCUCACGGCCUUAUGCACCAUGGUCUGGUCGGCCGCCUCCGCCUUUGACGCCUGUGAGGCCUUGGCCCAGGCGGUGGAGCAGCGCUUUGGGGAGGCUUGGACCCUCUCGGGGCGGAGUUUGGCCAACCUCGCUUGGGGCCUCGCCACCCUGAACAUCGGUGAGCCGAAGCUGUACCUUUUGAUUCAAGGAGAGGUGUUGCGCCGGGGACGGGAGUUGAUUGCCUCAAAGUCGGUGCUGAUCAACUAUGCCUCCUGCUUAGUGGAAGUGCUGUGGGCUUGCAGUUUUGCUGGCCUGGCCUCUGCAUCCCGGGCAUCCGAAGCCCAUGAUGUGCUGGACGCCAUUGGCCAGCAACUGGACGACAUGUGCGACAUGUGCGACACGUGUGUGCCGCGCCGUGAGCCGGGCGCCCACGAGCACGCAGUUUUCAACGGUCCCCCUCCUCGAGUGGUCAUGGACCUGCCCGACAAGCUGGUGCUCUUCAAGCCACCUGGCUGGCAGGUGGAUGAUUUGACCUCUGAGGGCCGGCCACUCUCAGCCUUCCUGCGAUCAUCCUUGCCCAGACACCGCCAGCUGGUCUUGGAAGAUGUGUGCCUUGGCCUUUCUGGUUCCGGAAGCUUCCUGUGCCUUUCAAAGUUUGGACUUGACUUGGCAAAGGAGCCACCAGCGGGGCUUCUUGCACCGCUUGGACGUGCCCAGCUCGGGGCUGCUGCUGUUGGCCACGAGUUACCGGGGCUACUACGACCUGCGGCUGCAGCUGGCGCUGGGGGCGCUGCGCCGGGACUACGUGGUGCUUUGCCACGGCCUCGGCUUCGGUAGCCUCGAGCGGGAGGUCCGGGCGCGGGUGUUCUGGGUGCGCGGCUCCGGGACU